AUGCUUUGCAGGCUGGGCCUCCCUUGGGGCUGGCUGGGAAUAGGAGCUGGGGUCCCUGCCUUUCCAUCUGGCGGCCCCGGCGUCCUGCCCGUGUGUGCUCCUCCCUGCAGGUCCUUGGGGAGGGUGCGGGGGCGUUGGGGCAGAGCCUCCUGCCGGCCUGGCCCCCCACUGUUCCGCGGAGACUGUGUUUCCGGAGGGAGAGGGGCGGCUUGUCAGGAGCUGUGCUCCUGGGGGCGCCGGCACCUGUGGGGGUCCUGCUGCCACGUCAAGACGGAGGCUCAGCUCAGCCCGCAGCCGCCGCGGACCCCUGACCCCGGAGCUCCGUCCCCACUCUGCCUGGCCCCCAGCACAGCGGAGACCAGGAGCCCGGGUUCCCCAGCACCCAGACUCCCUCUGGGGCAUGUGGUAGAAAAGCCAAACCCUGGCUUUCAGACGUGGAGGAUGGUGGCUGUUGCUGCCGGUCCCUAG